GUGGCAGCGUGGUGCAGUGUGGCACCGAGGCAAAGAGAGGAAUAGGUGUCAGGAGUCUUCUCAAAGUCCAUGCUCGCCAUGCUAUUGCUGUAUCCAAUGUCUCUAAACAUCUGAAAGCAUCUUCACUUGAACUUGCUGUCUUUGCAUCUGAAGAGGCCUCGCUCCGGGCUUUGGAGAGUCUCAUGACGGAGUUUUUCCACAAUUGCACAACGAAUGAGCGGAAACGCGAGAUAGAGGAGCUUUUAAAUAACUUUGCCCAGCAGAUAGGAGCCUGGAGAUUCUGCCUCUAUUUCUUGUCAAGUACAAGAAACGACUAUGUGAUGAUGUACAGUUUGACUGUGUUUGAGAACCUAAUCAAUAAGAUGUGGCUUGGGGUCCCAUCCCAAGACAAAAUGGAGAUCCGCAGCUGCCUGCCCAAGCUCCUCCUGGCUCACCAUAAAACUCUGCCUUACUUCAUCAGGAACAAGCUCUGCAAAGUCAUCGUGGAUAUUGGCCGGCAAGACUGGCCAAUGUUCUACCAUGACUUUUUCACUAACAUCUUGCAGUUAAUUCAGUCUCCUGUGACCACUCCUCUGGGACUGAUCAUGUUAAAAACUACUUCAGAAGAACUGGCAUGUCCACGGGAAGAUCUUAGCGUAGCCCGGAAGGAAGAGCUACGCAAGCUGCUCCUAGACCAGGUGCAAACAGUGCUUGGGCUCCUCACAGGUAUUUUGGAGAGCAUCUGGGACAAACACAGCGUUACUGCUGCCACACCACCACCAUCCCCGACUUCAGGAGAAAGUG